ACCCGACAUGUCUGCGGCCACUGGAACAAUCACUGUUGCAAUUAUGAAUUUAGGUCAAUGAAAGUGAAAGCCUGUCCUGGCAAUUACUUAUGUAUAUGAGUUCAUCAACCCAAAGUUCUGCUAUACGGCAUACUGCGCAGAGGAGAGCAACACACGCAUGACCACCACCAGAUCAACCCUUCCCUCAGAAGAGAGCACCACACACAUGACCACCAUUGCAUCAAGCCUUCCCUCAGAAGAGAGCACCACACACAUGACCACCAUUGCAUCAAGCCUUCCCUCAGAAGAGAGCACCACACACAUGACCACCAUUGCAUCAAGCCUUCCCUCAGAAGAGAGCACCACACACAUGACCACCAUUGCAUCAAGCCUUCCCUCAGAAGAGAGCACCACACACAUGACCACCAUUGCAUCAAGCCUUCCCUCAGAAGAGAGCACCACACACAUGACCACCACCAUUGCAUCAAGCCUUCCCUCAGAAGAGAGCACCACACACAUGACCACCAUUGCAUCAAGCCUUCCCUCAGAAGAGAGCACCACACACAUGACCACCACCAUUGCAUCAAGCCUUCCCUCAGAAGAGAGCACCACACACAUGACCACCAUCGCAUCAAGCCUUCCCUCAGAAGAGAGCACCACACACAUGACCACCAUUGCAUCAAGCCUUCCCUCAGAAGAGAGCACCACACACAUGACCACCAUUGCAUCAAGCCUUCCCUCAGAAGAGAGCACCACACACAUGACCACCAUUGCAUCAAGCCUUCCCUCAGAAGAGAGCACCACACACAUGACCACCAUCGCAUCAAGCCUUCCCUCAGAAGAGAGCACCACACACAUGACCACCAUUGCAUCAAGCCUUCCCUCAGAAGAGAGCACCACACACAUGACCACCAUCGCAUCAAGCCUUCCCUCAGAAGAGAGCACCACACACAUGACCACCAUCGCAUCAAGCCUUCCCUCAGAAGAGAGCACCACACACAUGACCACCACCAUUGCAUCAAGCCUUCCCUCAGAAGAGAGCACCACACACAUGACCACCAUUGCAUCAAGCCUUCCCUCAGAAGAGAGCACCACACACAUGACCACCAUCGCAUCAAGCCUUCCCUCAGAAGAGAGCACCACACACAUGACCACCAUCGCAUCAAGCCUUCCCUCAGAAGAGAGCACCACACACAUGACCACCACCAUUGCAUCAAGCCUUCCCUCAGAAGAGAGCACCACACACAUGACCACCACCAUUGCAUCAAGCCUUCCCUCAGAAGAGAGCACCACACACAUGACCACCACCAUUGCAUCAAGCCUUCCCUCAGAAGAGAGCACCACACACAUGACCACCACCAUUGCAUCAAGCCUUCCCUCAGAAGAGAGCACCACACACAUGACCACCAUUGCAUCAAGCCUUCCCUCAGAAGAGAGCACCACACACAUGACCACCACCAUUGCAUCAAGCCUUCCCUCAGAAGAGAGCACCACACACAUGACCACCACCAUUGCAUCAAGCCUUCCCUCAGAAGAGAGCACCACACACAUGACCACCACCAUUGCAUCAAGCCUUCCCUCAGAAGAGAGCACCACACACAUGACCACCACCAUCGCAUCAAGCCUUCCCUCAGAAGAGAGCACCACACACAUGACCACCAUCGCAUCAAGCCUUCCCUCAGAAGAGAGCACCACACACAUGACCACCACCAUCGCAUCAAGCCUUCCCUCAGAAGAGAGCACCACACACAUGACCACCACCAUCGCAUCAAGCCUUCCCUCAGAAGAGAGCACCACACACAUGACCACCACCAUUGCAUCAAGCCUUCCCUCAGAAGAGAGCACCACACACAUGACCACCACCAUUGCAUCAAGCCUUCCCUCAGAAGAGAGCACCACACACAUGACCACCACCAUUGCAUCAAGCCUUCCCUCAGAAGAGAGCACCACACACAUGACCACCACCAUCGCAUCAAGCCUUCCCUCAGAAGAGAGCACCACACACAUGACCACCACCAUCGCAUCAAGCCUUCCCUCAGAAGAGAGCACCACACACAUGACCACCACCAUUGCAUCAAGCCUUCCCUCAGGUAUUUUUGAAACAAUUUUUGCAGGAAAUGGCCACUGUAAAGAAGAGAGCACUACACACAUGACCACCACCAUUGCAUCAAGCCUUCCCUCAGAAGAGAGCACCACACACAUGACCACCACCAUCGCAUCAAGCCUUCCCUCAGAAGAGAGCACUACACACAUGACCACCACCAUUGCAUCAAGCCUUCCCUCAGAAGAGAGCACCACACACAUGACCACCACCAUCGCAUCAAGCCUUCCCUCAGAAGAGAGCACCACACACAUGACCACCACCAUUGCAUCAAGCCUUCCCUCAGAAGAGAGCACCACACACAUGACCACCACCAUCGCAUCAAGCCUUCCCUCAGAAGAGAGCACCACACACAUGACCACCACCAUUGCAUCAAGCCUUCCCUCAGAAGAGAGCACCACACACAUGACCACCACCAUUGCAUCAAGCCUUCCCUCAGAAGAGAGCACCACACACAUGACCACCAUCGCAUCAAGCCUUCCCUCAGAAGAGAGCACCACACACAUGACCACCAUCGCAUCAAGCCUUCCCUCAGAAGAGAGCACCACACACAUGACCACCACCAUUGCAUCAAGCCUUCCCUCAGAAGAGAGCACCACACACAUGACCACCAUUGCAUCAAGCCUUCCCUCAGAAGAGAGCACCACACACAUGACCACCAUCGCAUCAAGCCUUCCCUCAGAAGAGAGCACCACACACAUGACCACCACCAUCGCAUCAAGCCUUCCCUCAGAAGAGAGCACCACACACAUGACCACCACCAUUGCAUCAAGCCUUCCCUCAGAAGAGAGCACCACACACAUGACCACCACCAUUGCAUCAAGCCUUCCCUCAGAAGAGAGCACCACACACAUGACCACCACCAUUGCAUCAAGCCUUCCCUCAGAAGAGAGCACCACACACAUGACCACCAUCGCAUCAAGCCUUCCCUCAGAAGAGAGCACCACACACAUGACCACCAUUCGCAUCAAGCCUUCCCUCAGAAGAGAGCACCACACACAUGACCACCAUUGCAUCAAGCCUUCCCUCAGAAGAGAGCACCACACACAUGACCACCACCAUUGCAUCAAGCCUUCCCUCAGAAGAGAGCACCACACACAUGACCACCAUUGCAUCAAGCCUUCCCUCAGAAGAGAGCACCACACACAUGACCACCAUCGCAUCAAGCCUUCCCUCAGAAGAGAGCACCACACACAUGACCACCACCAUCGCAUCAAGCCUUCCCUCAGAAGAGAGCACCACACACAUGACCACCACCAUCGCAUCAAGCCUUCCCUCAGAAGAGAGCACUACACACAUGACCACCACCAUCGCAUCAAGCCUUCCCUCAGAAGAGAGCACCACACACAUGACCACCAUCGCAUCAAGCCUUCCCUCAGAAGAGAGCACCACACACAUGACCACCACCAUUGCAUCAAGCCUUCCCUCAGAAGAGAGCACCACACACAUGACCACCAUUGCAUCAAGCCUUCCCUCAGAAGAGAGCACCACACACAUGACCACCAUCGCAUCAAGCCUUCCCUCAGAAGAGAGCACCACACACAUGACCACCAUCGCAUCAAGCCUUCCCUCAGAAGAGAGCACCACACACAUGACCACCACCAUCGCAUCAAGCCUUCCCUCAGAAGAGAGCACCACACACAUGACCACCAUUGCAUCAAGCCUUCCCUCAGAAGAGAGCACCACACACAUGACCACCAUUGCAUCAAGCCUUCCCUCAGAAGAGAGCACCACACACAUGACCACCAUUGCAUCAAGCCUUCCCUCAGAAGAGAGCACCACACACAUGACCACCAUCGCAUCAAGCCUUCCCUCAGAAGAGAGCACCACACACAUGACCACCACCAGAUCAACUCGCCCCUCAGGUAUUUUCAUAUUCUUUUUGUAAUGUUAUGAUUUUUCAUUAGAGGUGGUUGGCUUGGCUUAGAUUUCUACUGAAGAACUUUAUCACAUUCUCAUUAAGACAAUGAAUAGGUAAAGUAGACAAUCACUGUUGCAUUCUAAAGAGAUUGUUU